AACAAAUUUAAUCCUUUAAUGUAAAUUAAAUUAUCUACUUUUUUAGGUGAAGCUUACGAACAAAUCAAAUGGUAAUGGACAAAUAAUGUUGAAUUCCCUCCACAAAUACGAACCCAGAGUGCAUCUAGUACGAGUGGGAACUGAACCCAGGCGUGUACUGACAUUUCCUUUUCCCGAAACCCAAUUUAUAGCCGUAACUGCUUACCAAAAUGAAGAAGUAACUUCGUUGAAAAUCAAAUACAACCCGUUCGCUAAAGCAUUCCUAGACGCUAAAGAGCGGCCAGACAACCUGUAUAGUCAAAGAGAAUUUUCUACUUAUGGACAACAGCAGACGCAGUAUCAUCAAUAUGGUUCGUGGUUUCUUCCCCAUCAAGCAAUGUACACCCCAUCAACACAAAUGUCUCCUUGCCAAUUUAGAUCUAGCCCUACAUUAAAAAGACAAAAAUCAGCACCCUACACAAUUCAAAGACAAAAAUCUGCAUCAGUUUCACCUCCUUCACAUGUAUACACUCCACCUGAUCAUGUUCAACAACAACCUCUCUAUAAUUCGACUGGCCCCACUUACACCAGUUGGCCAACAAUGACGACCAUACAGACUCAAACCCCACCAAGUUCCAUGAACUGUUGGUCCCUCUCCUCUAGUCCACCUGCACAUCACCAGAUGGCUGCACAACAUACAUCUCCCAAUCAAUCGCCUAGUCAUCAGGUAUAUUCUCCCAUAACUAGCAUUACCAACUUAUCCUAUCCAGGAUAUUAUACAGAUGUGGCAUAUCAGAGCCCAGAAUACGUACCCGUAGUGAAUUCAGAACUCACUUAUACUCAAAUUGGUUUGGAUAGAAGUACCCCUAUCGUGUAUCAAUCCGAGGAGCCAAGUUCUCAAAAAGACGAGUAUGAAGGUAGUACUUCUAUUGAUAGUACCAGUGAAGAAAGGCCGGGGGAAAAACUAGCUGCAGCAUUUGAGGAAGAAAAUUGUUCGGCCCAGAGGUUAUUAGAGAGUGGAACUCAAACCUUAUUGGCAGUCUAUAAUGCUCCGAAAUCUGUGAAAAGUCUCGAUCAUCUUCGUUAUAUGCAUUACGUCGAGUCUACAAAACUUAAUAAACCUGUGCAGCUUUCAAAUAUUCCACCAACAAGUGCAGCUGCUCGUCAACAUUUCAAACGUGUAUAUUAUUAAGUUCAAACUUGGUUAGGGCAUGAUUUGGAACCCCAGGUAUGGGGUUGGGCAAUGCGAAACGAUUUUCUGGAGCCUAUCAUGACAAUUUUACCACCUGCUUCAGAAGAUUUGCUAAAUACAAUUUUCUGCAACUGCAAGAGUGGUUGUGGUUGGCGAUGCGGAUGCAGGAAAGCGGGCUUGCAAUGCUCUUUAGCUUGUGGCCAAUGUAAUGGGCAAGCUCGUCUCAAUGCUCUACCAUAUCAGAGCGACAUUAACGAAGAUGGAACCUUUGACCCCGAAAUCAUGGAAGAACUUGAGACAAAUGUCGUUGAAGACGAUAAUGAAUAGGAGUUUGAAAUUUACCAGUAGCCGGAAGACGACGAUGAAGAGGAAGAAGAUGAUUCAAAUUAUAAAUUGUAGUUUUUGUACCCUUUAUUCCAUUUUUUACUUUUAAUAAAAAUAAAUGUAUUGAAUGAUAUUUUUUAAUAAAAAGAUUAUUUCAUAAUUUAUUUGUUUUUUUUUAUCAUGUAAGAAUUUAUUAAUAUUAAUUAGGUUAAAAUUCAAAUAUAAUUCCUAUAUUUUCAUUAACAAUUUUGCAAUUACAUGGGCAGGUAAGUGUUGUUAAAU